UCAUAUUUAAUUAGUUGGUGUUCUAAAUUUAUGUGACUUUGCAAUUAGUUCAAUUUUCAAUCUCAUGUCAUGUGUAUAAAAUUGAAUCAUUUUCUUCAUUUCUCACAUGUUCAAUUUUUUUGGUUUUGUUCACUUUAUAAAUCACUUAAUUAAUUAGUCCUCCUUUGUCAUAAUUUUUAUCUAAGUUUUUUUCUUUCUUCUUGUGUAUCAUUUUUCUAUAUUAAUUCAUCUUUGGUGAGUCCACGCACAAGUUCAACAUCUUUGAAAUCAUUAUUUUUUCGAAGUGAGAUUGAGUUUAUUCGGUUUAGUUUGGUUUUUUUAGUAUUGAUUUUGUUGAAGUUUUUGAUUUUUCAAAAUUGUUUUUUCCUUUUUUUUUUAUUAUUGUUUGAAUCUUAUCAAUGGCUCCAACGAAUUUUCCUCUUCGUUGGGAGAGCACAGGAGACCAAUGGUGGUAUGCGUCCCCGAUAGACUGGGCUGCAGCCAAUGGACACUAUGACUUAGUUCGUGAAAUGCUUCGAAUUGAUAGUAACCAUCUCUUCAAACUAACUUCCCUACGCCGAAUUAGGCGUCUGGAAGUAGUUUGGGACGACGAUGAAGAACAAUUCCACGACGUUGCGAAGCUUCGUUCGCAAGUCGCUUAUAAGCUUCUCUUAGAAUGCGAAUCGAAAAAAAACAAAAACUCUUUAAUAAGUGCAGGGUAUGGUGGAUGGCUAAUGUACACAGCUGCAUCAGCUGGUGACAUGAAUUUUGUUCAAAAUCUUCUUGAGAGGAAUCCAUUGUUGGUUUUUGGUGAAGGUGAAUAUGGUGUUACUGAUGUUUUUUAUGCUGCUGCUAGGAGCAAGAAUUGUGAGGUUUUUAGGUUGAUUUUUGAUUAUGCAAUUUCACCAAGGUUUGGGAAUGUUUUGGAGGAAAAUGCUGUUGAGGAGAAUAUUAAUUGUGAUUAUAGAUUGGAAAUGAUUAAUAGAGGUGUUCAUGCUGCUGCUAGAGGUGGUAAUUUGAAGAUUUUGGAAGAGCUUAUUGGCCAUUGUUGUGAUGUUUUGGAUUGUAGAGAUGCUCAAGGUUCAACUGUUUUACAUGCUGCUGCCGGAAGAGGGAAAGUUGAGGUAGUUAAAUAUCUAGCAUCAUCCUUUGACAUAAUCAACUCAACUGAUAAUGAAGGAAACACUGCUUUACAUAUAGCUGCAUCAAGAGGCCAAUUAUCAACAUCUGAAUUCCUAAUCUCAUCAUUUCCAUCAUUAAUCUCACACAAAAACAAUACAGGUGAAACUUUUCUCCACAAAGCAAUUUCUGGUUUCCAAACUCAUGCAUUCCGAAGACUCGAUCGACAAGUCGAACUUCUCCGAAAACUACUAACAACAAACCACUUUCACAUACAAGAAAUCAUCAAUCUCAAGAACAAUGAUGGAAGAACAGUUCUUCACAUGGCAAUCAUAGGAAACAUCCACAUUGAUCUUGUUCAACUUUUGAUGACAGUAAAAUCAAUAAAUGUCAACAUAUGUGAUGUUAAUGGAAUGACACCACUUGAUUACCUUAAACAAAACCCUAAUUCAUCAACAUCAGAUAUUUUGAUCAAGAAAUUGAUAUCAGCUGGUGGAAUGUUUGGUUGUCAAGGUUACAAUUCAAGAAAAGCUAUUGCUUCACAUUUGAGAAUGCAAAGUUUUGGAACUAGUCCUGGCACAACUUUUAGAAUCUUGGACAAUGAAAUUUUCUUGCAUACAAAAAUUGAGAAUCAUCAUGGAAUUGUUGAAAUGAUUCCAUCUUCAUCAGAAAAAAUUAUUGCAUAUGAAUCAAUAAACAAUGAGAAAAGGCGAAAUUCGGUGAACUAUGCAGCAGCAAGGUUGAAAAGAGCACUUCAUUGGAAGAAAUCAAAAGAAAAGAUUGAAGGAUCAAAGAAAUUUAAUGAUGAUGUUUCAUUGGAUUCAUGUAGGAAAUUGAGUACUAGUUUUGAUGAAAAUUUAACACCACUUAGGCAAAGAUUUUCAUCUAGAACAGUUUCUUGUAUUGCAAGCAACAAGAGAACACUUUCUGUUAGGAGUCAUCAAUCAAGUCCAAAUGCUAAGAAGAGAUUUGCUUGUGGAAGAUCUAGGUCAAGUUCGUUUUCGAAGUCAUCGAUUUCUUCACCGAGGUCAAUUGAUAAGCAAAAGGGUAUUAUUUAUAUUAAUAACGACAUUGUUUCUGGACCAUCUUGUUCGAGUCAACUACGUGAUCGUGGUGGCGAUGAUGAGUUGCCGAAAUUGGUUAAGAGAAAUUCGGUUAGUAGGAAGUUGAAGGGUCAUUAUUUCUGUUUUGGUGCACCUGGUCUUAAUGUGAAAAAUUCAGUUCAUAAAGCUAGUUUUGUUGCAGUGGCUUAAUGCGAUGAACUUAGCUAGUUUGUGACUAGGCUAAUGUCAAAUAAUUAAGGUAAAAAUAUGUUUUGAUCAAAUAAGAAACUUUGCCUUUAAAGGGUCUUUAGGGAAGUUCAUUAUUAGUUUUUAGUUUCUUUUUAUAGAUUGUUAUUAUAUUUUGUUACUUGAGAUUAUAGCUCAAUCUCAUAUUCAUAUGUUAACUAAAAACUUAUGUGUUGUAAUAUAACAUGGUUCUUAUCAUCUUGGCAUCAAUUUUGUACUA